AUGAGUGUGUUCGGAAGGAGCAACUUCUCUGUAAGAGCAAGUGCCUUAAAAAGGCUAGCCCAGGUUUCUUUAGAUGCCGGCAGAGACACGGAUAAAAUUACCGGUUGCUUAUCAGUUAAUUGCUCCAAGACUGAGUCUAAACUGUUUACAAUUCCGUUAACUCUUAAUGAAUUUGAAAUUUUACUUUCAUUAAGCGAUUCUGUCCCACGAACUCUAUGUCAGGCGACAAGGUUAUUGGAAAACGUGAUAUCUCCGUACUUUCUCGAAACUCCAAGGCAAAUAUUCUCCAAUGUGCUCAUGAACCGAUUCAAAAUUGAUAAUCUUAAGCAUCCAUCUGAAAUAUUAACUCUACGAUUGACGAAUUUUUUGAUUACUCUGGAUGCCGGAUUUCCGGAACUAGAUAGGCAUAUUCGUUCAUUGAUUGGUACAUUCUUAAAUACGGUGUUUGAAGCGCCUAAUCUUGCGUCAUUGUUGUCCUUGGUCGGAUUUAUAGAGGCUUUUAUUGAGCAUCAAAAUUUCGCGAUCAAUGAACUACAGAAAUUCGUCUUGGAAAAAUUGCAUUCCUAUAUUACUGAAGACUUUCUAUUCAAGGUGGAAGCAAUUGUGGGUGGAAUAGUGCUGGAUGACACCUUGAUUGCUUAUUUCGACAGCGGUAGUGAAAUAUGCGCUCUUCUCUUUUGCCAGUUGGUUAGCAAAUUACAGGUAGCCACAGUUUCGAACUUGUUGGCAGUUUCGAAAAACAUCACCAAACUUUCUGAAUUCUUUUUGAUUAUGCAGGAUGCUGAAUAUCAAUAUGGAAACAACAACGACAAUGAGCAUCCCAAUACAGAUAUCUUGGAUGAGUUUAAAUCCACUUUGAGAUCUAAUAAGGAUUUUUUGAUUAAGGUUUUGACAUUUUCACACCGUCAGAUUACUGAAUUUGAUGAAGGUGCCAAAUACAUAAACUUAAACACGAAUAAUCGGGUUAAUCAGUUGUAUGAGGCGAAGGAAAAUGCAAUUGAGAUUAUGUGUUUGGGAUUGUAUGUCGGCCAGAAUGAUUUUGAAGCACCCCUAAUUUCCACUUUAGCGAAUGUAUUGCCAGGAGUAUGUACUUUGAGCCAUCCAAUCCCUCCUGGUGUUAUCGAAACGGUGAUAAGCGCUGCAUCUUUGCUUAAUUUCUUCUCCGAAGAGCUUUCAGCUCAACUAUUGUACGCCUUUCCAAAUGUGGUCUCUUCGCCUCAGAUAACUUCUGAAAAUGUUUCUAAGAUAUCUACAAUAUUUGCCAUCGGACUAAAACCCUUAAAUCAAGAUUCGGUCGUAGGGUCUGUCUACUCGUUGAAUAAUUUGUUAGCUGUUUCUGAAGAUGGUUCACCUAUGCCAAUUUUAAAGGAGCGUAGGUUUACUUCAAACUAUGAAACGCAAAUUGAUAAAUUAUUCCAUCCAGGAACGCUAGGAGCCAGUACUAUGGCGAACUAUCAAACCCUGCAAGUGCCUAAGACUAAUGAUGGGUCGAUUUCGUUGAGUAGCAAUGGAGACCAAAUCUCAGAGACCACCUCUGUGUCUCAACAUCCGCCAUUUGAAUCAGGAGCCACUUAUCAUGACAAGUUGUUUAAAAAUACAAUCAACUCUGUUAUCACUAUUGCCAUAAAUUAUAAGGACCCGACUAUUAUUGCCCUUGUAGUGACUAUAAUGACUCAGAAAUUCAGGGUUGUCUCCUCAAAGCUAGAUAUGAUUAUCCUAGAGAGUUUGUCUGAAAUUUGUUGUCAUGUAAAUGAUACCGAAUUUAACCUAUUAAUGAAAUUUUGCAAUACUGUCACAGCGAUUGCUAUCAAAGAUGGAGAUGAACUCUUGUUACAGGGCGUCCAAAACGCUAGAACUUCUAUUUCCAAAAAAUUAGGAGAAAAACGAGAUCAUCGUGUAUACAUCACGUACUUGCGUGAAUUAUUGGAGGUUAUUAUUGCCCGAGGUGACGUAGAUAAAUUGGAACAUCAUAGGCCGCAUACAGAAAUUUCACAGGUUGCAGAACAGAUUGCGAUGUAUUUGAAGCCCUUGGCUGCGUUAUUACCAAAACCAGGCGAAAAGCCUUUAAAUUUGACUCAAGAUGAGGUUACGACUAAUUUGUAUAGAAGCAUUUGGUAUAACAUGGUCGUUCACGGAUUCCAUGGAGGUGGUUCUAGUCUAACAGAGAAGUAUUAUGAAGAAUUGAAGGUUAUUGCAUUCAAUAGUCCACCUUUAGCCUCUGAAUUCCCAGCUAAUAACAGAGAAACAUCGGUUGAUAUGAACACAAUUCUACGUCGUGGUUCAUCCAACCACAAUGUGAAGCAACAAAAGAAUAUACUAAAUGAUCAUUUGAAUAUUAAUAAUGUAGCUGCUAGGGCUAUAUCUAUUCCAAAAUUGAUGUUUCUAGCUGCCAUGUUAUUUUUGGAGACUUUAAGGUGUGAAUCAGGCGACUGUUCCACCUCUUUAUUUUAUUUUUCUAAUUCUUCAAUCGUCUCUAGUAACUUGGAUCGUUUCGUUGGUUCCAUCGUGAUUUCUACUGUGUGCAAAUUUACGAAGAUAAUGUUGAAAGGUGAUCCACGCAUAUUUUCUGCUGACCAUAUUGCUGGUCAAUUGAGUAAUAUGAUAUUACUUUUGACUCACAGAACCCCAUACCUUCAGGAUUGUGCUUUCCAAUGUUGUGAUAUAUUCAUCAAGAAAAUUCCUUCUAGUUUGUGUCAUCGUGAGUCUUUAUUUAAAUUAUUGGAUUCAUUAACCAUGCUUUUUGAUAGCGUUGUAGACUGUGAGACAAAUAAAUAUGAGCCAUGUUAUGAGUUUGAAUUGAAACACUCAAAGACAAAAGUUAUGAUCUCCGAUUCCUACGAAUGGAGGAAAACUUCUUUGCAUCGUUUGCAUACGAACGCAAAAGAAUGGGUGAAGAUAAUUUUGAAGAAAGCUGGUCAGGACACUAAAAUUUUACUACAAUCAUAUCUUUCUGAUUUGGGUGGAUUUCAUAGGGUAAGCAGUGUUGAGUUUGGAGUUUCCUUUGCAUUUGAAAUGGCAGGUUCAAUCCUGUCCGUUGAUAGAGAAUUAUCUAAGAUUAGUUGUAGUGGCUUUGAAAAACCUGAUACUAUUUCAGGAUUUUUGUCACAACAUUCUUGGAGGUCGAAAUUCCUAGUGGACCACGCCGCUCCAUCUUCAUGUGAGGAGAUCGAAAACAAUAGGUUAGCGUUCAAACUGGAGAUCGAGGACAGCCUAUUGAACAACAAAGUUGUUCCUGAGAGGCUGAUGACGGAUUAUUUAGAUCUCUGUGCAACCUUAUUGAUUUUGCGUAAAGGUGAAUCUGCUAAAUUGGUUUAUGAUUUGGUUUCUAUUCCAUUUAGGGACUUUUCAUCCUAUUCAAUGAAAGUGGCGACUAAUGUAUGGCUCUCUGUGAUCACAGAAAGGAAAGAUUUAUCUCAUUUGUUGUUAGCCGAAAUUGGCUCCUUCUUUAUCCGGUCUAUUGAUGAUAACCGUGGUUUGUAUUCUCACAAACACGACUUGAUACCCGAAGAACUACAGCAGAUGGAGUAUAGUCCGUAUAACAAGAAGAAAAUUAAUGAUUUAGCGACAAUUGCUAGCCAGUCAAUACAACCACAUCUUUAUGUGAUUAGGCUUUUCGCCUCCCACUUUGAGGGUACCCUUUUUGAAAGCUCCCACUUACUGAAGAUUUUUACAAAAAUAGCAUAUCAUGGCGUUUCGAAUCUUAAGUAUGCGAGUUAUCACCCCUUUGCAAGACUGGCACGUACCGAGUUGUUGAACUUUGCUCUAUUAGUUUUGUCUUUUGUUGUGAAUUAUAGCGUGUGGGAUGCAAGACUAUUGUCACAGGCAAUUGUGAACGGCGCGUUAAUGUGGUUUAAAAAACCUAAGUCCUGGCCAUUUGGAUCUAAUGAGUUGAAGGUGCGCACCGAUUUGGCUUUGUUAGCAGAGUUGCAGAACCAUUUGAAAGUUCUCAACUCUACCCUUCGGUCUUAUACAGGAGACAGUGUAACACUCUUGGAAUGUUUUGUGAUAAGUGAAAUUCACCAGUUGGAAACGUGGUUGAAUCCUCUCAAUAAUACAACUGAGUUGCCUAACUUGCCUUCUGAGUUAGUUCAAGUUGCCUUCGAUAUUGAUCCUGCAAUGGCUGUAUCGUAUACUGGUAGGUAUAAGACCAAGAAGCAUGUAAAUACCCUUUCGAAGCUAAUUCACAGCCACACACUUCUUUGUGUGCAUAUCCCUGAGGCACUAGUUUAUUUACUAGAUCAUGACGGUGGCUCUUCACGAUAUGUUUUGUACUGGACGCCAGUGAGUCCAAUUGAAGCAAUAAACCUAUUCUUGCCUGAGUGGAACAAAAACACCCUAUUAUUGCAAUAUAACGUAAGAGCCCUCGAAUCCCAUGACAUCAAGCUCACAUUCUUCUAUGUGCCGCAGCUUGUUCAGUGUCUCCGUUAUGAUACCAAGGGCUACGUAGAGCGCUUUAUCUUGGAGACCGCUAAGCAGAGUGUUUUGUUCUCACAUCAAAUUAUCUGGAACAUGCUUGCCAACUGUUACAGGGACGAUGAAGCAACUGUUGAGGAUGAACUUAAGCCCACCCUUGAUCGUAUCCGUGAAAGAAUGAUUGCUAAUUUCAGUCCUGCGUAUCGAGACUUCUACAAGCAGGAGUUCGGGUUCUUCAACGACAUUACAAGUAUAUCUGGGAAGUUGAAGCCAUACAUCAAGAAGACCAAGGCAGAGAAGAAACACAAGAUCGAUGAGGAGAUGGCCAAGAUUAUCUUGAAGCCAAAUGUAUAUUUACCAAGCAACCCUGAUGGAAUUAUCAUCGACAUCGAUCGCAAGAGCGGCAAGCCAUUGCAAUCGCACGCUAAGGCACCCUUCAUGGCAACAUUCAAGAUCAAAAAGCAGAUCUGUGAAGAAAACACCGGUGCUCUUGUCGAUGUCGAAAGUUGGCAAGGGGCUAUCUUCAAAGUCGGUGAUGAUUGUCGUCAGGAUGUAUUAGCCCUUCAGUUGGUCUCCGUUUUCCGCACCAUCUGGUCUUCCAUUGGCAUGGACCUCUACGUGUUCCCCUACCGUGUCACCGCAACUGCAGGUGGCUGUGGUGUGAUUGACGUCUUGCCCAACUCCAUCUCUCGUGACAUGCUUGGCCGUGAAGCAGUUAACGGCCUCUACGAAUACUUUACGACUAAAUUUGGCCCAGAAAACUCAAUUGAGUUUGAAUACGCCCGAAACAACUUCGUCAAAUCCCUCGCUGCCUACAGCGUCAUCUCCUACUUACUCCACUUCAAGGAUAGGCACAACGGCAAUAUUAUGUAUGACGACCAGGGACAUUGUCUACACAUCGACUUCGGCUUCAUCUUCGACAUCGUGCCUGGUGGCGUCAAGUUCGAAGCCGUACCUUUCAAAUUGACCAAAGAGAUGGUCCGCGUUAUGGGCGGCAGCCCCGACACACAGGCCUACCUCAAAUUUCAAGAACUCUGCAUCAAGGCCUAUUUGGCUGCCCGUCCACACAUGCACACAAUCGUCCAGUGCGUCAUCCCGAUGCUCUCCAGCGGCUUGCCAUGCUUCAAGGGCGACAAAACAAUCCGCAACUUGGAGGCCCGUUUCCAACCCACAAAGUCCGACCACGAUGCUGCCCAUUUCAUGCGCACCCUAAUCAGACGCUCCUACGAAAGUGUGUUCACCAAGGGCUACGACGAGUUCCAAAGACUAACCAAUGGCAUACCCUACUGA